UAAAGGUCGUGUAUGAAGCUGUUUUCCGCUUGUGAUUCUUUUUUUCAUUCACUGCAUAUCCAGAUUGACAUGAAUGUGUGUUUCUCUCUCUCUCUUUCUCUCUCUCUCUCUCUCUCUCUCUUGCUCGCUCUCGCUCAAAAUAGCAGUGCACAGUUCCCUGGCGCUCAGAGAGGUCGGACUACCGUCGAGCACACACACACACACACUUAUCCGCGCGCCCGGAUCAUCUGGACCCGCUCGGUGUCGGAUUCCCUCUUUGAUCGUGCUCGUCCGUAAUGCGGGACGCACCGGCACCGGAGACCGCGCGAACGCACGCGCUCGCACACACCCCCGAUGGCGACCCGUGAGCGCGCCGGGACCCAGCAUGCCCAACCGAACCGAACCGGAGCCGCGGCAGAUGCUGACGCGCGCGCUCACCGGGUGCCUGCUGUCCGUUCUGAUCCUCUGGACUUUGUUCGGGAACAUCCUGGUGUGCGCCGCCGUGCUGCGCUUCCGCCACCUGCGCAGUAAAGUUACGAACAUCUUCAUCGUGUCGCUGGCCGUGUCGGACCUGUUCGUGGCCGUGCUGGUGAUGCCGUGGAAGGCGGUGGCGGAGGUGGCCGGAUUCUGGCCGUUCGGCGCCUUCUGCGACAUCUGGGUGGCUUUCGACAUCAUGUGCUCCACCGCGUCCAUCCUCAACCUGUGCGUAAUCAGCGUGGACCGCUACUGGGCGAUCAGCAGCCCGUUCCGCUACGAGCGCAAGAUGACCCCGCGCGUGGCCUCCGUGAUGAUCGGCGCGGCGUGGACUCUGUCCGUGCUCAUCUCGUUCAUCCCCGUGCAGCUGGACUGGCACAAAGCCGCGGAGUCCAACGUCACCGGACCGGACGACGGCGACAACUGCGACUCGAGCCUGAACCGCGAGUACGCCAUCUCCUCGUCCCUCAUCAGCUUCUACAUUCCCGUGGCCAUCAUGAUCGUCACGUACACGCGGAUCUACCGGAUCGCGCAGAUCCAGAUCCGGAGGAUCGCCUCGCUGGAGCGCGCGGCCGAGCACGCGCAGAGCUGCCGGACGAACCGGCUCGCGUGCGCGCACCACAGCAGCCUGAAGACGAACUUCAACCGCGAGACCAAAGUUCUGAAGACGCUGUCCAUCAUCAUGGGCGUGUUCGUGUGCUGCUGGCUGCCGUUCUUCGUGCUCAACUGCGUGGUUCCGUUCUGCCACAACAAGCCGUCCGCGGGCCUCCCGUGCGUCAGCGACACCACCUUCGACGUGUUCGUGUGGUUCGGCUGGACCAACUCGUCGCUGAACCCCGUCAUCUACGCCUUCAACGCGGAGUUCCGCAAGGGCUUCUCCAGCCUGCUGGGCUGCCGGAACCGCUGCCGGACUCCGGUGGAGACGGUCAACAUCAGCAACGAGCUCGUGUCCUACAACCAGGACACGCUGUUCCACAAGGAGAUGGCGAGCGCGUACGUCAACAUCAUCCCGAACGUAGUGGACGACACGUUCGACCGGAUCUCGCAGCUUUCGCGCGACGACAACGACGAGGACGACGUGUGCACGGACUCUGUGUGCGAUCUGGAGUGCGAGGCGGACGUUGCGGAGCGUCACGCGCCGUUCACGCCGAACGGCAUCCGCUGACCGUGAGCGCGCGCGCCGCUGCUGGACUGUGUUCGGACCCGUGAACGCUCCGCAUACUGUUUCUGAGCAGGUGUGUGUCACGCGUACAGGUGUUGACACGUGACCGCGCUGCUGUGGAGCCAGUGAGUCGCGCGCAGUUAUCAUAUGAUGAUGAUGAUGAUGAUGAUGAUUUAGUCAGCACGAUCAGAAAAGAGAAGUUAAAGCAGGGAAUUUACUGCUGUUAGUGCCUGAAACCCUUUAACUGAUUAACUGGACAAACAAAAUGACUGAAGAUAUUAACUCUUGUUUUAUGAAAAAAUAUUGAAAAAUCUUUGUUUUAACAUUAUUUCUCAUUCAGUUUCUUGUUCAUGUUUUAAGCAGACUUAAUUUUUCAAUAUUUUUCAAAAACAAGACUUCAUAUCUUCAGUUAUUUCUCUUCUCCAGUAAAUGUAUCUUGAUUUAAGAAUGUUUUAAUAUUUGUGCUGGAAAACAAGACAGAAACACUGAGUUUCUACAGUACAGAUAUUAGAUCUCACUUCCGGUUCACUCCUCACAAAUCAAAUGAAUUAUAUUGUGAAAAAUGAACCCAAAUAACUUCAUCUGAAAUCAAAAUGAUGAAAAUAAGCAACUGUGAAAGCUGAGUGAUUAAUAUUACACCUCACAGACCUGCUCUCCGUCACUGAGUAGAUAUAUGAGGAACACUUUAUUUUAGUGUCAUUGUUACAUGUAGUUACUAUAGUAAUAACUGUAAAUUAUGCAUAAUUACAUGCAACUAACCCUAAACCAAACCCUCAUCCUCACCCUAUAGUAAGUACAUGUAGUUAUUAAUAUCAGUGUAUAAUUACAGUGUAACACAGACACCUUAAAAUAAAGUGUAACCGAUGUAUGAUAUGAUAUUAUUAGAGGUGUAACAAUGUAUCGUGUCAUGAAAUAUCACAACACAGAAAUGCAACCAUAUGUAUCAUGUAGUUCACCUGACAGAUUUAAUGUAGCACCAAAUAUGGUCAGCUUCCACGUGUACUAAUUAUUAUUAUAAAUGAUGUAUGUAAAUAAUGUAGGUAACACUUUAUUUUACAGCCCUGAUCUGCAUGUGUACACACUGUACUUAUUAUAGCAAUUACAAUAACUGUGUAAUAAUGAGGCCCUGACCCUUAACCCAUGAACUUCCCUCAUAUCACCAGUACUGUACUGAGUGAGUACACUGUAAGUACACAUACUGUAAAAUAAAGUGUAACUAUAAUGUAUGCAGUCAGAGGUGAAGCGUGUGUCUAACAGAAUUCUGUAUUUUUAGCUAAGCAGAAUUAUGAAUAUUUCUAUUCUGCUGACCAAAUCCAAGCUUAUUCAAGUCCUGGUGUGAAAACAUAUUUGGCAUUUUAACGAUCAGUACUAUUUACUAUAUGCGUUAGAAGUAAUAAUUACCAAAAAAAAGUACCAUUUUAACACUAUUUUGGCUUUAAAGUGUGGUGAGAUCAGAGUUGUGUAUCAAAGUGAAUCGAGACACGAGUGUUCUGUUACACCUCAUGAUAAUAUCUAUAAAUUAGAUGUUUUUGCUGUUGCAAUUCAACUCUUGCCUUCCCAGAGAACAUGUUCUAAGAACGUUCUGACAGUGUUCCUAUUAAGUUACAAAAAUGUCAUUUCUGAACGUCCAAAACACCCCGUUUUUAAAUGUUUUAAAAACAUUUUUUCAUGGUUAUAUGAACGUUAAUGGAACAUUCCAUUGUAUCAUUAUUCAAACAUUAUGAGAACGUUACAUUUGAAUGUUCUCUGAACGUUCUGAAACAAGCAGCAACAUUUAAAAAACGUUUAACUAAAAGUUUCAGAAUGAUUUAUAAAUAAUAUUUUUGUGCUGAUGUUUUGAUAACAUUAUUAAAGACCAGAUAACACUGAAUGAAUGUUCUAUUAACGUUACUGGAAGAACGUUUGUUUGUUGAACGUUCUGAAACAAGUAGUAACAUUUAAAAAACAUUUAAAUAAAAAGUUUCAGAAUGAUGAACAAUGUAUAAAUAAUGUUUCUGUGCUAAUGUUUUGAUAACAUUAUUAAAGGUUAGAUAACUCUGAACGAACGUCCUAUUAACGUUACUUGUUCAUAACGUUGAGAGAACCUUGCCAGAACGUUCUGAGAAUGUUUCCUGUUAGCUGUUAUUAACUCCCAUAUCAUUUUCCACUUGUAAAUGCGACUUCAACGGAUCGUUCAUGUGCUUGAAACUCAUUUCAUUCCAAUAUUUGACAAUAUUUCUGAUUCCAACUGUGAAUGAAAGGUGGAGUCAAACGCAUUGCAUUAUGGGAUGCACCGUGUUGCACAUUUUGGCAAAUGCAGUAGGUCAUGUGGCACACUGCACAGUGUACAUACGGCAGAAACAGUAUGGAUCCGAACACAGCUUCCUCUGUCAUCAUCAUCAUCAUCAUCAUCACCGUCCGUGACUCAAUCCUGCCGGAGAGAUUCUACAGAAGCACGGCCUUAUUCCGUCUGUAACUGAACAGCCUUACACUGAGUGCAAUAUCCCAGAACUCCGACCGACUCCGACCGCCCCGACUUGCCAAACUACUCAAGUGCCCACCGGACCGACUGUACGCCCCCCUCGCCCGACCUGCGCAGGCGCGGGACUCCCGCCAGAAUCAACACAUGAGCUCAUAACUCUUUUAUAAAAACAUUUAUUUAUUCCUUUAUAGGGGUCAUGUGACGCUGUCGUUGUUUCAUGAAUGAACUGAGGUUUGUUCACUGCACAAAUAUGAUGUUCUUCCUCAGUGUUUCUGUCUUGUUUUCCAGCACAAAUAUCAAAACAUUCUUAAAUCGAGAUACAUUUACUGGAGAAGAGAAAUGACUGAAGAUAUUAAGACUUAAAAUGAAGUGAGUUUAUGAUUAAAACAAGAACAAAUAUCUGCCAAUCAUCUUGCUUUCCCUUUGAAGUUGAAACUCACUUCAUUUUGAUGCAUUUAUCAGAAAUCAAGACUUAAUAUCUUCAGUCAUUUUUCUUCUCCAGCAAAUGUAUGUUGAUGUAAGAAUGUUUAGAUGUUUGUUCUGGACACAGAAACGCUGAAGAAGAAGGUGUGGUUCUGCAGGUGGAGGAUGUCAUCAUGUCGUGUUUGAUCGUGAAUGUCUGAAGAUCUGUUACAGGACACGUUUAAUAUCGUGAUGAUUUAUAGUGUUUCAUUACUGUAAUGUUUAUUGUUUACAACAGCAAAGCCUGUAGAUUCACUGUAAUGAACUGUUGCUCUGAGUGUGUGUGUGUGUGUGUGUGUGGAUGUUGUUUUUCUCACACACAUGAAUUGAAUGUACACUAACAGUCAUGUGCACAGAUGUUUUUCAGUAAAAUGAGCAUUAAAACGUCAUAUCUUGUACUUGUUGCAGGUGUUUCAGUAGGUCAGGUGUGUGUGUGUGUGUGUGUGUGUUUUCACUGAAACUGGAGAGCACUUUCUCUGUCUGGACGUUGUCUGUCCUGUGUUUCAUCAUGAUCUUGUUGAUCGAAGAGGCCAAAGAUUUUACAGUCUAUUAGACUCUGAAGCUCUUGAGAAUUCAUUAUGAUAGAAUUGAUUUCAUUAAACACUUCAUCUUCAGUCA